GGGGCUUCAUGUAAACACGCCGCGUUCAGGGCUUUGUUUCACACACAUACACACACUCACGCACACGCACGCACGCACACAGGUACGCACACACUCCGCCUGUGCUCCAAUCUAGUCAUGCCAUGGAUAGUUUGUGGCAAUACCAGUUCAGGAUCAUUCUACUCGGGGACUCGACGGUGGGGAAGUCGUCGUUGCUGAAGCGCUUCACGGACGGUAUUUACAGCGAUGUGGCGGAUCCGACGGUGGGGGUAGAUUUUUAUGCCCGCUCUCUUGAUAUCGAGCCCGGGGUGAAAAUAAAGCUUCAGCUCUGGGACACGGCUGGCCAGGAACGAUUCAGGUCCAUCACAACAUCAUAUUACCGUAACUCUGUGGGCGGGCUGCUGGUUUUUGAUCUAACCAAUCGCAAAACCUUUGACCAUGUGAGGGAGUGGCACAAGGAGGUGAGUGAGCACAUCCUGCCUCACCACAUGGUCUACAUCCUCAUCGGCCACAAGAGCGACCUCAACAAGGACCGCAAGGUGACCCGAGACGAGGCGGAGCAGCUGGCGGCAGAGCUGGGCAUCCGCUACGUGGAGACCUCGGCCAAGUGCAACAGCAAUGUAGACCGGGCCUUUGAGCUGCUGACCAGAGACAUCUACGAGCUGAUGAAGAUGGGGGAGAUCGUUACCCGCGAUGGAUGGGAUGGCGUGAAGAGCGGUCUCACUGCCAAGGUCCUCUACCCGGCCAGGCAUGAAGAGGAACUAGCUAGUGUGGCUGCUGAAAAAGGCUGCCACUGCUGACUGUGAACUCUCUUUGUCCAAACACUGUCCUGUCCCACCAAGAGCUUGCCUCGUCUCACAGCCACCCAAAAGAAACAAGUCACUCAGGCUCAGCACCCUGUGAUAUCAUCAUCCAUCACUUCUUCACCUUGUGCUUUGUGCCCUCUCUGUGUGUGGGACAACUGGGAUUCUUUUUCACACAGGUGGCUAGUGAACAUCCCGAUGUGUAUCUUAGAAGCAAGUUGUAUCUCUAAAUUCAUACGGUGUAGCAUGAGCCAAGCUGUUUUUGGCCUUGUUAGGUUCAAAAAACACAGAAAGUGUGCAGAGGUGAUCGGUUCUUGGGACUGAGAGUGUAGCCAAUACUCCUUUCAUAGCACUGGCGAUAAUGUACUACUGAGGAUACUGAGGGUAGCGAUAAAUCCAUGGACUAUGGCAUACUGUGGUCUGGCAUCACUCCCAUUUCAUACGGCACCAUUUUGGGUUUGCAGUCAAACUUUGUGCGAUGCUUUGCCCGCAGUCCUACGUGACUGUAGUAUUGUAAAAAAUAGUGAACUCUAUAGAGAUCAAAGCUAAAAGAUCACUAAAAGCGAUUUAAUUGAUAGUUUGAACAGACAGUGCACUCUACAUCAAGUGUCACCAUUUGAAUCUCAAUGUGCUCCUCCUGCUACUGUAAGAUGUCUGUGCACUUGUGUCAAACUGACUUAAAUCUUUGCUCAUUCUGUGAAAACAUGAGUAAUGUUUUAGAAAAAAAAAAAAAGAGAUUAUUUGUAGUUAAUGUGUAUACAUAAAGAUAGGCCACUGUAAUUAGGGUAGGUGAUCCCAUUUAGGUAUUUGUAUUACAGCAUCAACGGGAGCAAGACAUCAAAUAGGUCAGAGAGUCGUCGCUCAGUCAUCAGGCCUUUAACUAUGUCAUCAGCAUUAGCGGAGAUAUGUUUCGAUGACGAGCAAAAGGGAGUUUGAGUUUUAGCUUAGGCAAACAACAACUUCUUUUAUUGAACGCUCAUCCACAAAAAUAAUAUUACAUUCAGGCCUGAGGUGGUGAUGAAUGCCAACUCAUUUAUUCCACUAGCAUAGAUGUAUGUGUUGCUGACCUUUUGUUGUGUUCCACAUGUGUCAGAGAGUAGGAAAUGUGGGUUUAAGUCUGGAUCAAAGUCUGUCCUCCAAGUAGAACACCUGGGCAAGAUUUGUCAAACCUGAGGAUGCCACAUUAAAAUGGCACUGCAAAAGCUCAUUGGAAUAAUUUGAAAAUGUCUGGGGACUUAGCGGUCCAGCCAACCACGUGAAACCAUGUUUGCUAUGCUUGCCAUGCUGAUCCCUUGCCAAGACCCGGAUUGGGUAUUUGCAAGGGACCAGCACAUGUCAUUGCCCCUUUCACCCUGCCUGGCAGGGCCUUUAAAGAAAAAUUCAACAUUUUUCCGAGUUAGACGAGAAAAGUGAUGUUUGUCUCAUGUCUGUGCGCCAGGACGCAAUUAGCCUAGCUUUGCCUCGAGUAGGGGGUGAACGCUAGCCUGGCUCUGUCCAGCUAGAAGAACAGCCAGCUGCAGUAACCUGUUUUUAAGUGACUUCUGAGUGAGAUCGCCUUGUGUGGCUAAAUUGUGCCUGUAAAGACAUUAAAGCCUGUGCUCACUGACUAUAUCUGGCAUCCCGCCCUUAUCAGAGAUGCUUGAUAGAAGCGCCUAAACUGUUGUUCAUCAAGAAAUAGUUAUAGCUAUAGCAUAACUAUGCCUAAAACCAUAAAUAUUCAUUUUUAUAGUUCUGUUUGGGGACAAACUUAAAAAAAUGAGAUACAGUGUGUAACUUAGCCUUAGAGGUGUUUUAGGUGCAUUUUUUUUGUAGGCUAGCUGUUUCACCCCGCUUCCAGUCUUCAUGCUAAGCUAGGCUAGUCGCUUCCUGGCUCCAGCUCUGUACUCAAUGCACAGAAAUGAGACUGGUUUCUAUCUUCUCAGCUAACCCCUCAGAAAGAAAGCCGAUGAGCGCAUUUCCCACAGUGUCGAACUAUUUCUUUAAAGGGCUUGUUCUUAAUCAUGGAAAUCUGGCAGACGGGAUCACUUACAGUACACCAGCUGACGUUCAAGGGAAGGAUUUUCAUCCACCGAAAUACAAAUCUCAAGUGUAAAGCUGCUGUUUAAGUUGAUGACAUUCUUUUGCCAACUAAAUAAUGUUGCCAUACCGUUGACAAAAAUCCAGAUUUUACAUGGGUAAGACUAUUUCGGAUUUCGUGACUUGUGACAUUAAUAACACCAGCAGUGAUGGAGCCGGUGAUGGUCAGCUGGCUGUUCUUAGCUGGGAGAUGCAUUAAUGAUGAAUGCAUGUGCACAUUAUUUUUACUGCACAUGAUAGGAGUAACUACCCUUAACGCGGAGGAUCGCGUAUGCUUUCAAGUCUCCAGAGUCUUUUGACUGUAAAGCCCAUUAAUCUGUUGUUUACGAGCCCGGAGCAUACAAUAGACUAUGGUACACUUAGCCUGGGAACUCACCUCUCCUCCCACCGUUCAAUCACCUUUCACCAGCAUUUCAUGAAAAAAAACCUGUUCACGUACACACUGUAACAAGCUAGAGAUUAUGCAUUCUGCAGUUUUUACUUAGCAUUCACGCCAUCAAGCUUACAUUUUUUUCUUUGAGUUGAUAAAUGCUGUAUGGUUGAGCCAGUAAAUAUACUGUACAGUAUGCGGUUGCAGCUCAGUAUUUGGAAAGGAAUGUAUUCUACUACAUAAGCACCAACCCUUUAUUUUUUACUUUUCUGUACAGAUUCAGACUGUAUUCCUUCUGGUGAACCACCACAUGUUAUAGCCAGGUUUAAGUACAGCAUACUAUACAUGUAUACGGUAUAUGUUUUUUGUUUGUUUGACAAUCAGAGGUUAUCAUUUCAUGUCCAUGCUGAAGGUGAGGACUUCAUCACAGAGGUGCUAUGCCUUGAAAUCCAGAUAAACAUCCAUGCAAAAUCACCAUUUGACACCCCGUCUGACUGUGUUGAAUAUGACAACUACCUUCCUCACUUUUGUCUCCCAUGUAAACAGGGUUGAAUUGUAUGAUAUUGUUUGAGACUAUGCUGUGUUUUGUUCAAGACUGUGCUGUUAGCAAACUUUCCUUCAAUGAGCAUGAUUCCCAUUCCCGAGCACUGCACUGACCUGUGUGAAGAUGGCAGCCUCAGUGUUGAGAACACCGGUUAAACUGAAAGGGGAACGCUAGAAAGAAAAGAGGAAACUUUGCUAUUUGAAUGACUCAUUGUAUGGGAAGAAAUGCGCUUAUUUCUCAUCAGCCAGUUGCAGACGCCUCUAUAGCCACCAAUGAUAAACAGUUAAAAAAUGUAGAAUACAUUUACAACUCCAUUUGUAAUCUUACAGACUGUACACAACAGUGACCAUUGUGAGUAAUGAUGAUGAUGAUGAUGGUGGUGGCCAUAACCAAUGUUCAGUCCACAUCCAGAGUCUCUCCUACCGAAAUCUAUAAAGCAGUCACUCAGCAUUUUUGGAAACAGGCUUAUUCCCUUUCUUUCUGAGAGUGAGAGGAGAAGACUGAUACCACCAGCGGAUCUCAGAUUGAUACCCAUCUUCUGGUCUCACUCUCAGAAAGACAGCAAAUAAGCUAAGCCAACGGAGAGGGCUUUUGUAUCAGAAAAUAUCAGCAGCUGUUAGGCCUGCAGGACAGUACAUAGCACAAAACUGUACAGCCUCUGAGCCCCAUUGUCACACUUCACAGCUUUAUGGAAUAAAUGUUAUUUAUUUUAUAUAUUAUGUAUAAGGGAUUCGCUUAUUUGA